CAGCCAUUCCACAGGCCGUGCGCAACAGCUACCCAUACCCCACCAAAACACCAAAACAUCAAAACAUCCAAAUCCAACAUCUCAAACUCAACUCCUCUCCUCCGAUCGGACGCGUCUUCCUCCCUCCCUAAUCCUCCUCCGCCAAUAAAUGGCCACAUUCAACCGCGAACGCGUCGAACACGCGUUAGACCAGCUCCUCGAGCGCAUCGUCCCCGCCGACCCGGAAGAAGACGAAGACGCCGCCAACGAACGCUACGAAGAAGCCUACGACUACGCCCUCGCCGAACUCACCUCCGCAGGCGACCUCGGCGUCCACCAGGACAUCAAUCAUGUCGCGGGUCUCAUCGACCGGAGGAUCGCGAGGGAAGGCGGCCCCGUCGACAGCGCGAGAUUUCACAACUUGCUCUCCAGACUCAUAUCGCAGCCCGUGCUCGACCAGAAAUGGGGAAUGCUGUGGUUCCUGAACAGCCUUUCCGAUCUACCCACGCCUGUCCCCGAACAUCUGGAGAGGAGAGAAAGGGAGAGGGAGAGGGAGAGGGAGAGGCAUGGAGGUGGUGCUGGUGCUGCGCAACAAUCGCCUACGAGGCGCCAUCGCCCAUCCGAAUCGAACGGCCAUGGGAUGGGAAGUCCUGUCUUCAGAGAGGCAUUCGCGAAGCAGGGACUAGAACACAUUCCGCUCAAUGACGGCUCGCCAAAAGCUCCGACCCACGCGGCCCAGCAAUCAGCAGCAGCGGACAGAGCAGACAGAGACAGGCGGAGAGAGAGGCCGACACACAGCUCGGGGAAGGACCAAGCAGCACAACCACCGACGUCUACUGAGAGCGAGAAGCCUGUGGCCGGGCCCUCGGAACCUUCAUUACUACGGGAUCUGCCGUUCACGCUGCAGGGCCUUUCUUCUACCAACCUCACUUUUCCUUCGUCGACGGCUUUGAAGCUUCCUCCCACGCUGCCCGUUCCGCUGGUCAGCCUCCUACACACGCUUGCGGAGCCCUCAUUGCUAUACCGUGGACUGUCCGAAUUCGUGGAAUCGACAGAGGGGGGUUUGGUCGGACAGAGUUUUAAAUCCGCACUCGGAAAGGAGUUGAGGUCAUACUUGGGCCUGGUGGCAACACUAGAGGGUCAAGUUCGGAGAGCUCUGGCACAGCUGGACGAUACCCAGUCACGGCAGGGUAUUGGAAAGGCUGGUGUCACACUCAAGAGAUGUGUCAUCUGGACGAGAGAAGCGACCAUGGGUCUCCGACUGAUGAGUCUCAUGGUCGAGGAGUCAAAAGGAAAGAAAGGAGGCGAACUAAUCUCGCUGAUUCACUCAUUUUCUUCAUCACACGGUGACCCCUACGUGGGUGCCUUUGCUGAGCGGUUGCUCUCGCAUGUUACAAGGCCAUUCUACGACAUGCUUCGACAGUGGAUCUACGACGGCGAGCUUGCAGAUCCGUUCGGAGAGUUCUUCGUCUCUGAGCAGAGCGAGCAAGACAUAUUAGAAGCGAACGGAAACGAGGGCAAAGGCGGUGCUACGAGUGUGUGGGAAGACAAGUACAAACUGAACGAACGCAUGAUACCGUCAAUCAUCACCGAAGAGUUUGCUAAGAAGGUCUUCCUGAUUGGAAAGACGCUCAACUUCAUACGGUACGGAUGCGGUGAUGCAGCUUGGGUGGACACCUACUCGAAAGAAGCAUCCAAGGAACUGAGGUAUGGCGACACGGCGAACCUCGAACAGUCCAUCGUCGAUGCGUACAAGACGACCAUGGCGCGUCUCAUCGAUCUCAUGGCGAACAAGUUCCACCUAUUCGAACAUCUCCAGGCCCUCAAGAAAUACCUUUUGCUCGGCGCAGGAGAUUUCAUUGCCGUCCUGAUGGAGUCUCUGGCUUCCAGUCUGGGACGCCCCGCGAACACACAAUACCGCCACACCCUCACAGCUCAGCUCGAGCACGCCGUGCGGAAUUCAAACGCACAGUUCGACUCCCAGGAUGUACUCCGUAGACUGGAUGCCCGCAUGUUGGAGUUGACGCACGGCGAGAUCGGAUGGGAUGUCUUCACUCUGGAGUACAAGAUCGACGCGCCCGUGGACGUCAUCGUCACCCCCUUCGGCUCCAAGCAAUACCUCAAAGUCUUCAACUUCCUCUGGCGCGUCAAGCGCGUCGAAUUCGCCCUCGGCUCCACCUGGCGCCGCUGCAUGACGGGCGCGCGAGGGGUCCUCAGCACCGUGACCGACAAAGUCGGCCAGGACUGGAAGAAGUCGCGCUGCGCAGUGGCCGAGAUGAUCCACUUCGUCAGCCAACUCCAAUACUACAUCCUCUUCGAAGUGAUCGAGUCCUCAUGGGCGGAGCUCCAAGCCGCGCUCACGAAACCCUCCUCCACCCUCGACGACCUCAUCCAAGCGCACGCCAAAUACCUCACCUCCAUCACCCGCAAGGGGCUCCUCGGCUCCCAGAGCACCGACUUCACCGGUCAGCUCCACGAGCUCCUGAAAACCAUGCUCGCGUACACCGACGCCGUGGACGGCCUGUACUCGUUCUCUGUCGCCGAGUUCACGCGCCGCCAGGAGCACGCCGCGAAGAUCGAGACGCGCACGGCGGCCGGGAAAUGGGGUCUCUCGGAGCGCGACCCGGCCGCCGCCUCAUCCUCUCCCCUACCACCUCCGCUCCUCACCAUCAACACCAAAUCCUCCAAAAGUGCCACCGCGGGAGCAGGCAUGUCAGAAGACGACAUCCUCUCGCACCUCCGCAUCCGCAUGGACUCGCUCGUCGCCGACUUCCGCGCCAGGAUCAACGUCUUGCUCGGCGACCUCAUACACCAGCCCGACCACGACAUGCGCUGGCUCGCCAUGGUCAUGAACUUCAACGACGUGUACCAGCCCGUCAGUCGGCGCAGGCGCAAGGGUGACAAGGGGUCGACGACGGCGGCGGGUGGGGGGAGCGUGAAGAGAGGUGAGAAGGAGAGGGAGAGGGAGACGCCGCAGCAGCAGCAGCAGCAGCAGCAGGCGUCGAGUAGUGGGAAGGACAAGGCGUGAUGGUCUUUCCUACUCAUGUUGUAGUGUUUACAUCGAGGAUACGUGUGUGGUGUGGUAUGGCAGGCCGCAGUUGGAAAGAAUAAAUAUUAUGAUACCCCCCCCUUUUCCCAUUCCCGCCUCUUUCGAACCCUUUGAAACUAGAGUUAUAUACGUUUUAGUAGAUAUGAUUAGGGUAAGAAGAAUUUAAAAAUCGAG